AUGGCCAUUGCUGUUGAGUCUAAUGAAUUAAAUAUGGAUAUUUGUGUAGAAAAAGUCAAUGAAUUGAAUAAAAAUGUUUGUGUAAAAGAAGUUGAUCAAUUGACUGAUGCUAUUGAGCCUAAUGAAUUGAAUAAGGAUGUUGGUGUCAGUGUAGAAGUCAAUGAAAUGACCGUUGCUGUUGAAUCUAAUGAAUCGAAUAAGGAUGUUGGUGUAGAAGUUAAUGAAGUGGCUGAUGCUAUUGAAGUUAAUGGAAUGGCUGAUGCUAAUGAAUUGAAUAAGGAUGUUUGCAUAGAAGUUAAUGAAUUGAUUGGCGCUGUUGAGACUCACGAAUUAAAUAAAGAUGUUAGUGUAGAAAUUACCACAAACGUUAUCAGAUCAUCAACAAUAACAUCAAAUCAAUCACAAAUUAAAAAAUUUACCAUGGAAGAUUAUUUAAGAGAUUUGGGUGAACAAGAAAAUUAUUGA